CAUUGUGGAUUGUGGUUUGGUUUCUUCGCUAGAUUAAUUUUUAUUUUAGAUUUUUACUCUUAAUUUAAUUUCAUGUCUUGUUGUUAGUUAUCUAGCUCUAGUUCCGACUUCUUUGGAUCAAGCACUUCUUUCGGUUGCGUUAACAGGUCUGUCCACACCAGCAACAUGUUCAUUGUUGGACUUACAGGAGGCCUUGCAACGGGGAAAAGUACAGUGCUUUCUAUAUUUCGCGAACAUGGUGUAGCUGUGAUUGAUGCUGAUGAAGUAGCCCGAAAAGUAUUGGAACCAGGAACAAAGGCAUGGAAAGAAUUGAGAGAGUAUUUCGGUGAUGAGGUGUUGUGCGUUGAUGGUAAAGUCAACAGAGUACGGCUGGGGGAAAUAGUAUUUGAUGACAUAGACAAGAGAAAAAAACUUAAUGCCAUAACACAUCCUCGAAUACAAAGUGCUAUGAUGAAGAUGGCUGUAUCAUAUUUUUUCUCUGGACAUAGAUACAUUGUGAUGGAAGUGCCAUUAUUGUUUGAAACGGGAAAAAUGUUAACCUUUAUGCAUAAAAUUAUCACAGUUGUUUGCGAGGACUUCCAGCAAUUAGAAAGGUUAUGUAAACGUAAUGACAUGUCAGAAGUGGUGGCCAAAAAGCGGAUCAAUUGUCAAAUGCCUUUGGAAGAUAAAGUUGCUAAGUCACAUUUUGUCAUAGACAAUUCAGGUGACUUUGUUAAUAUGAGACACCAAACCGAAAGUAUAAUAAGGAUGCUGCGAAGAUCAAAGUUCACAUGGUAUUUUAGAGCAAUAAUUGCAAUCACAUUCCUAUCAAUAGUAUUUGGCGUUGUACAUAUGUUUAAUAAGGAUAUAUUAUGGUAAUAAGCUAUGGUGUCCUUAAUGUAUAGUAAUGUGUAUAUUAUUUUACUUGAAAUCAUUUACAAUUAAUAUUGUAAUAUUCUUAAUUGUGUAGGAAAACAGGAAAGUGCAAAAAUGUAUUUAGAGACUUAUGCUUCAAUCACACCAACGCGUGUAGAACGCUAUCGCCGGUGAUGCACGGCGCAAUCAUAGGGAAAUGACAGGUCGAGUGAACUGUCAUGGGUUGCGUGACCUGUCAUUGGCCUUUGAUCACCGCCGGCGCGCGAUGGCGAUCUGCACGCGUCGGUUUGGUUGAA